AUGCCAAAAAAUACUGGAAGAAACAAUACCAACCAAAAUACAACUCAAACCUUAGACUCUGAACCCACUUCAGAAUUACCAGUCAUGUUUACUAAACCUAUCUUCAUAAAAGAUACUAACAUUAUAGAAAUUGAUCCCAUCAUGAAAAGUUUAACCAAUAAUCUUAACAAAGAAAAAGGUAUUGAGAGCUUUAUAACAGAAAAUAUUACACAAAAAACUACUAUAAAUGUUGAUGAAUCUUUUGACGUAUCAGAAAAUAUUUUAGACACUUCAGUUCUUGAUUUUGAUAUACCUUUAACUCAUAUCGUUAAAUUAUUUGUGUUCAUCUUUUUAAAAAAAUUCUCUGGCUUGAAUUUCAAAUGA